AUGUUUUGCUGCUGCAGCAGCAGCAGCAGAUACAGCGAUGAGGUGUACAUACACCUCAGCAAGGGAGAUGUUGCUGCUGCUGCUGCAGUGCUGCAGCAGUUUUGGGGUUUUCUAUCGACUGCUGUUUUGCCUGCCGCACAAAUUGAAGUUAAAAACGCAGAAAAUAUAUGCAAGCAGCAGCAUCAGCAGCAGCAGCAGCAGCAGCAGCAGCAGCAGAAAGAGCAGCAGCAGCAGCAGCAGCAGGAAGAGCAGCAGCAGCAGCAGCAGCAAGAGCAGCAGAAACAGCAGGAAAAGCAAUGCCAAUACGACCAGCAGCAUGAGCAGCAACAACAGCAGCACCACAAUCAACAGCAGCAGCAGCAGCAACUCCAGCAGCAGCAGCAGCAGCAGCAGCAGCAGCAGAGGAUGCUUGAGCAGGGCCGUGUAUCGACACCACACAGCAGCAGCAGCAGCAGCAGCGGCAGCAGCAGCAGCAGCAGCAGCAGCAGCAGCAGCAGCAGCAGCAGCAGUAGCAGCAGUGAUAGCAGCAGCAACAUAAACGCGACGCAAGCAGCAGCAGCAGCAGCAACAGCAACAGCAGCAGCAGCAGCAGCAGCAGCAGCAGGAACUGGAACAGGAGGAGCAGCAACAGCAAGUGGAGUUGCAGCAGCAGCAACAGCAGCAACAACAACAGCUGCAGCAUCCGCAGCAGCACCAACUGCAGCAGCAUCCGCAGCAGCACCAACUGCAUUGCAGCAGCAGCAACAGCAGCAACAACAACAGCUGCAGCAUCCGCAGCAGCACCAACUGCAGCAGCAGCAGCAGCAACAGCAGCAGCAGCAGGUGCAGCAGCAGCAGCAGCAGCAGCGUGAGCGUUGCCGUGUAUCUAUUUGCUGCAGUGAGGAGACAGUUGCUGCGCUGCUGAAGGAGACAGCUCCCCUCAUCGCGGGUCUCUGCGGCUUGCCGCUAGAAUGCUUCUCUGUUGCAGCAGCAAACCAGCAGCAGCAGCAGCAGCAGCAGCAGCAGCAACAGCAGCAGCAGGAGUUCUCUAUGUCAAGAGUUCUGCUGCUGGGAGGAGACAGCAGCAGCAGCAGCAGCAGCAGCAGCAGCAGCGGAGCGAAAGGAGACACCGCUGUGGAGCUGGAAGUUUCUGUUACCUUUGAAGGAGACAGCAGCAGCAGCAGCAGCAACAGCAGCAGCAGCAGCACUGGCAACAGGAGCAGCAGCAGCAGCACCAGCAGCAGCACCGGCAACAGCACCAGCAGCAGCAACAGCAGCACCAGCAGCAGCAGCACCACCACUUUGUUUUUUUUUGUCUCCUUUCCUGUUUUUUUGUCUCCUUUUUUGUCUCCUUUUUUGUCAGCAGCAGCAGCAGCAGCAGCAGCAGCAGCAGCAGCAGCAGCAGCAGCAGCAGCAGCAGCAGUUUACACGCAGCAACGGAUGCUGCAGCGAAAGCAGCAGCAAACGUAUCAACAACAACAACAGAAGCAGCAGCAGCAGCAGCAGCAGCAACAGCAGCAAACGCAGCAACGGAUGCUGCAGCGAAAGCAGCAGCAAACGUAUCAACAAGAGCAGCAGCAGCAGCAGCAGCAGCAGCAGCAGCAGCAACAGCAGCAAGUAUAUCAGCAGCAGCAGCAGCAGCAGCAGCUAGUUGUCGCUGUGGCUCUUAAGGGGGAGGCAUCGCAUUGA